AACAUUCGUUGUGCGAUUCGGUAACAAUGGUAAAUUUUUUCGGAAAGUGGAACUUAUUUUUUUUAUUGGCCGUUUGUACGGGCGUCUUAUGGAUGACGUAUUUCUCCAUGGGUAAAGAGAUUGAUUCAGAUCUUUUUCUCGAUCUCGACGUUCUCCUGAAGAAGCACGGAUAUCCAGUGGAAACGCACGAGAUAAAAACAGAUGAUGGGUACCUGUUGACCAUUUUUAGGCUGCCUCACGGUAAAAACGGUUCUGGGGUUAACCCCAGACCCAUACUGAUGAUGCACGGUAUGUUCGGUACGGCCUAUAAUUUCGUGUACACCGAGUAUUUCAACAUGAGCAAGGCGGGAUAUUUUGCGGAUCAUGGUUACGACGUUUGGCUGGGAAACGCAAGAGGGACCACUUAUGGGAGGAAACACGUCAAGCUUCAUCCCAAAAACGCCGAUUUUUGGAAAUUCAGCUACCAUGAUAUUGGCCUUCAUGAUUUGCCAGCAACGGUGGACUAUAUACUGAACGUAACUGGAAGGAAUAGUUUGUUCUACAUUGGACACUCCCAAGGCGGUACCAUUUUUUACGUGUUGGCAUCACUGAGACCAGAGUAUCAGAAGAAAUUUGCACAGGUUUCUCUUACAGCGCCCGCUGGGUUCAUGGCCCACUACCAAAUGACCAGAAUCAAGGCAGUGUCAAGACACCACAGAACAUUAUACGAACUUGCUCUGAAGACAAAUAACAUGGAAUUUCCACCUUCUUGGCUGAAUUUCCCAGGUAUUCUUUCGUCUCUUUGCGUCGGUACUGUAAUGGAGAGCUUCUGUCAAAGGGCUUUUAUAAAUUUUAAUGGUGAAGACUCAGGAGAACUCGAUAUGAAAAUUUUUCCUAUGUUGAUACAUAGCCUAACAACUACAUCCGUAAUGCAGAAUCUUCACUAUGCGCAAAACAUCAAUGCAGAAAAAUUCAGGCAAUGGGAUCAUGGAAAAGAGAAAAAUCUAGAAAUUUACGGUCAAGCUGAACCUCCAGAAUAUCCAGUGGAAAAAAUAGAAGUACCAGUAAGGAUUUACUACGGAUGUAAUGACAAAAUGGCUGCUGAAGGGGACCAAGAAGAAAUGUGCCGAGUAUUAAAAAACUGCACAACACACAAAAUGGGAAAUCCAAAGUGGAACCAUUUCGACUUUUUGUUUUCCAAGAAUUUCGAGAAGGUGCUUUUCGAACCUAUGAUAAAACACAUAGACACCUACGAACUUUCUUGAAAAUUAAGCCAAAAAAUUUCAACCAUGUAUCAAUUUUUAUAUUUUUUAAGAUC